CCCUCGUGGCGAUCAUGGGGAAUCCAGUCAACGACAAAACUAUUGCUUCCCACCACGGUUACAUGGCGGCACAAGAGCGUCUCUCAGAAAAAAUCAAUUUAGGGAUCAGCCAGGAGGUGGACUCCUUCGGUGGAGGAGUAUCAGAUCAAGGCAGAGGCUCCGGCUGCUCCUCCAGCGCCCCCGCCAGGAUUGCACCAGUAGUGCGGACUGUGUGUUACAUCGCCGCGGAGCUCGUGCGUCUGGUGAGCUGUGUGGAGUCGAUGAAGCCGGUGCUGCAGUCGCUCUACCACAGGAUCCUGCUGUACCCGCCUCCUCAGCACCGCACCGAGGCCAUCCGCAUCAUGAAGGAGAUUCUGGGCAGUCCCCAGCGGCUGUACGACCUGGCCGGUCCGUGCGUGGCGGAGCCUGAAACCAGGAAGCGUUCCUUCUCAAAGAGGAAGUCCCACCUGGACCUGCUUAAACUAGUGAUGGACGGGAUGACAGAAGCGUGUAUGAAGGGCGGCAUCGAGGCGUGUUACUCUUCGGUCUCCUGUGCCUGCGCUCUCCUCGGGGCGCUGGAUGAACUGUCGCAGGGUCGCGGCAUCCAAUCUGAGCAGGCUCGGCUUCUCCUCAGACGACUGGACGACCUCAAAGACGGGACAGAGUCGACCCGCGAGUCCAUGGAGAUCAACGAGGCCGACUUCAGGUGGCAGAGACACAUCCUGUCCUCCGAGCAGUCUCCCUGGGACCCCAGCUCUUCAUCUUCUAACACGGCCACCGCCGGAGCGAGCGAGCGCAGCCCGGACAUCAGCAUCAGCAUCACCACGGAAACGGGCCAAACCACCGUGGAUCUGGAGGCGGGGGAGUUUGGCCUGGCUCUGGGCCACACCACGCCUGAGGAGUGUGGGGAGGAUGCACGCCUCCCCUCGCCCUCGUCUUGCGGUGGCCAGGAGGGAACUAAACGUGAGCCGAGUCUAGAGCUGAACCAGGGGAGCCAACGGGAGGAGGGAGGAGGUGCGAGGGAGGUCGAGGGGAGAGGAGACAAGGGAAGAGCAGGAGGUGUUGGUGGAGUAGUAGUGGGAGGAGGAGAGAGAGGAGCUGUGGUUCCUCCAGAUGUAGUGCAACGAAGUCACGGCCUCGUCUACCCCGAUAUCACCAACUUCCUGUCCGUGGAGUCCAGGGCCAGGCCGCAUCACGGGGGGUCACGAUACAGCGAGAGCAACUUCAGUAUGGAGGAGCAGGACUUGUCCCGGACAGAGUUCGACUCGUGUGACCAGUACUCCAUGGCUGCUGAGAAGGAUUCGGGGCGCUCCGAUGUGUCCGACAUCGGCUCCGACAACGUCUCACUGGCUGACGAGGAGCAGCAGACGCCUCGGGACUGCCCGGGCCACCGCUCCCUGCGCACCGCCGCCCUGUCCCUCAAACUGCUCCGCAACCAGGAGGCCGACCAGCAGAGUGCCAGGCUGUUCGUCCAGUCACUCGCAGCGCUGUUGCCCCGGCUGCUGGGAUUGGCCAACGCCACGGAGGUGGACCUGUCGCUGCAGAACUUCUCCUCCACGUUCUGCUCCGGACUGCAGGCUGGUGGGAUCCACUCUCCAGGUUUCGAGACAGGUGACACUCUGAGCUGUCAGUCUCUGAUGAACGCCGACGGGCUCUACCUGGUGUCGUACUACGCCCUUCUGCUCAACCUCAAACUGUGCUGCUGCGACUACUACAGACGGCGAACGCUCACACCCGUCCUCAGCCUGAAGGAGUUUGUGCGUCUGAUCCAGAGCAGCGGAGUCCUUGUGGUUCUGUCUCAGGCCUGGAUUGAGACGCUCUACCUCCAGGUGUUAGAGCGCAACCUGCUGGGCGAGGCCGGAUACUGGGGCUCACCAGAAGACCAAACGCUGCCACUCAUCACCAUGCUGACAGAUAUCGAUGGCCUGGGCAGCAGUGCAAUUGGUGGUCAGCUGAUCAGGAGGGCAUCCAGCCAAUCACCACUCAGCUGUGACAAGGCUGGCAGUGACACUGUGAUGGCAGGCGCUGUGUUCUCGCGCUUCAUCCUCACCGGCGUGUGGAAGAACCUGAUCGAUGUGCUGUCCACGCCGCUGACGGGCCGAAUGGCGGGCAGCUCCAAGGGCCUGGCCUUCAUCCUGGGAGCAGAGGGAGUCAAAGAGCAGAGCCAGAGGGAGAGAGACACCAUCUGUCUGAGUCUGGACGGCCUACGCAAAGCUGCUGCGCUCAGCUGCGCCCUGGGUGUGGCUGCCAACUGUGCCUCAGCUUUAGCGCAAAUGGCUGCAGCCUCGUGUGUGCAGGAGGAGAAGGAGGAGAAGGAGGUGGGAGAGAUGGGAGACGCCAUCACACAAG